AUGCAGCCUCUUCCUGUUUAUUUAAGUAUCGACGUGGGCACUGGGAGCGCACGAGCUGCGCUCUUCGACGAACUGGGACGCUGUCUAGCUAGGGCAGAUGCGCCGUUUCCCACUCAUAACCCUAAACCAGACUAUUUUGAACAGUCGACUGUUCACAUCCUUAAAGCGGUUGCCAGCUCCACACGCCAGGUACUGGAAACACUGAGUCAAAACGCAACGACGAGCGUCAGCACCGCUGGUACCGUACUGACACGCUCUCUGCAGACGCUGGGCGCGUCGGAGAGAGCAGAGCUAGGGCCUGCGGUACCCCAGCCAACAGGCCAUGGAAACGAGCAGCGACCUGCCUGGCAACUGUGUGGCGUUGGUGUCGACGCAACCUGCUCUUUGGCGCUUGUCAGUGCUGAGCAAGCAGCAUUCUUCAGGAACUGCUAUAGCGACGAAUGCGCUUCACCGGAGGGUCUGUGGUCAUGUGUACCUGGCGGCGUCGCGCUGGACGUGGAACACAAUGACGACGAUGGCGGAACGUUGCCCCAAGCCGUCUGGGAUAUUAUCGUAUGGAUGGACCAUCGUGCCGAAGCAGAGGCGGCUGAAAUGAACGCUGACACUGCCGAAUGCACCCAGGAUGUGCUUCGCUUCUACGGGGGAUCCCUGUCUCCGGAGAGCGAGCCCCCGAAGCUGCUCUGGUUGCUGCGUCAUCGACCGGAGCUGUUCCUGCGAUGCACUGCCGUCAUGGACCUCUCUGACUUUAUUGUAUUUGCGCUAACUGGGAACUUGGAGGCACGCGGACUCUGUCCCCUGGCUGCAAAGUGGGCAUAUCGCACCGAUGAAAUGCGGUGGGAUACGAGCUUCUAUCAACGAUGGGGACUCGGGGACCUGUUUACGCGCGGAUGCUUCGGUCGAGAGAUUCGUUUACCGGGGCAGCGAGUCCACGGCAUCGGGGAUUCGGUUGGACUUUCAAAGAUUGCAGCGUUUCUGUUGUUUGGCUCCCCGACAUCGGACGUGACAUCCCGAGCCUCCAACUGCACGUUAACCGCAAGAGGUGAGCCCGUCGAUGGAGGUGCUGCAGCGCAGCUCGUCUGGGACUAUCGCGAAGUUGUCGUUGCUGCCGGCAUGGUCGAUGCACAUGCGGGUGCCGUGGGAGCCUACAGUAUGCGUAUUCCAGCAACAGGAGAACGAUCUGACUGGUGGAUCCAGCCGACUGGGAUGAAGGAGGCACCAUCGGGCCUCAGUGCGGGAACAAGGCCGAUGUCCGCUGCCUGUACUCCAACGGGUCACGCCUGUACAACUGCAAACACGCAAGCGAUGCACGUUCUAGAUGAGCACGGCCUCAACAUUACCCAGUGCGCAACGGGAUCCAUUGUAGACGACCGCUCAAACAUAUCAAAUGAAACCGCACCGAGCCUCAUGACUAUCGAUCUGACAGGGGCACGCGUUACUUCAGUGGGUACAGCUGCUGCUGCUGCUGCCGCUGCUGCCAUGGUGCCUUUCGACUGGUGUCAACGCAUUGCCUUGAUUGCUGGCACGUCAACGUGUCACAUGGUCUGCUCGCGGGAACCUGUUUUCGUUCGUGGUGUAUGGGGUCCGCACCGCACCGCGGUGCUCCCAGACCUGUGGCUCAACGAGGGAGGCCAGAGCGUCACCGGUCGAUUACUCGAUUAUCUGGUCGAGAGUCAUGCGCAUGCUCUCGGCUUCGGAAACACACCGCUCGCCGUGGUCCACGCUCGACUCUGUCAACUUGGCAAGCACCAGAUGAAAAGAGCAGCGGGCAUCCAUGUGUAUCCGGAUUUCCAUGGGAAUCGUUCCUUGCUCGCGGAUCCACGCAUGAGUGGAGCGAUUGUCGGGCUACGUCUGGACACCUUCGCCAACGAGGAGGCUUUUGCUGCGCUUUACCUGGCCACCGUGCAAUCCCUGGGCUACGGAACGCGUCAAAUCAUUGAGCGUCUUAACGAGGCAGGUCACGACAUUCGCGUGAUCCUGCUCUGUGGUGGCAUGCUGAAGAACGAGCUGUUUGUGCAAUCACUUGCAGACACGUGUCAGCUGCCGGUAGUAUUCGCAGAGCGCCCUUUCGACGUCAUGCUCCUGGGUGGCGCUAUCUGCGCGCGCUGUGCGCACCUGGAAGGCGAUCUUUUGCAGGUAAUAGAAGCCAUGAACGGCGGGCCUGAUCAGCUUUUUUAUCGACUGGAUCCGGAUCCGAAAUGGCGGAUGUAUCACGAAGCGAAAUAUCGAAUUUUUCAGCGAAUGCAACAAGAGCAGAUAGCGUAUCGAGCAGCGAUGAUGAAUGUUUGGACAUGA